CCCAGGAUACUUGGGUGUCGAGAUAUUAAUAUAUAUCAUGAAAGGCCCUCUUGAAGGCUUUGACAAAGUAAAAUAAUACGCCAAUCAAGAAUCUAAGGGUCCACUUCUGAACUUUGGGCUUGUGGGUGAUAAGUGGAUGGGCCAACUUCUGUGCCAUUAUUGACUUGGGUCUUUGGACUUGUCUCUUGGCUGAUCCCACGCGUACAGAAAUCAAUGAAAUCCGCUAAUCCAACUCUUCUGGAUCUUUGAGCACUUUCCAAUUUCUCAUCGUGGUCGUCCCUUCAUUUCCAUCACCUUCCUCCUCCAAAAACUAUCGGCCCACGCCUGUCUUCAAACACAUUCUCCCUCCCUCUCCAUGCAAUGAUCGUCUUCCUCAACAAACAAUCAAACCCCAUCUCAGUCCCUCUCUGAGCCCAUAAUCUCACGGCGUUGUCUAAAUCCCGGAAGAAGAAGAUGUACCCGUCUUCGUCUUACGCACCGCCCUUGAUCGCCAUAGUUGUAAUUGCACUUUGUGUUCCGGGUAUAUGGAGGAUAAACCCCAAUUCCCAAGAUCGACCUAAAACGCAUACCGUUCAUGCCUCUGAAACCCACAAUGAUUUCUCCUGCUCCACGGACUCGGUCGAAAUCACCUCCAGAAGUCGUGACCAGGGCGUCAAUCGUGUCUAUGAAGGCAAUACUAAUAAUCUCUCCAAUGAUGCCAUCAAGCUUGAUGACGGUAUCCUCAAUUCUGACGCCAGCAAAGAUCCACAUGAUGACCUGAGUUUUACCAGGGAGGCUCAGCUGUCUGAGGAAGAUAUACCAAAUAACAAACAAGCAGCCUCCGAGACAAAUGGAGCUGAUGCCCAUAAUGAUUGCCAGCACGCUGGUACGGAAGUGUCUGAGUUUGAGAAAGUUCAGCAGAGUAGCAUUACUGAAGCAUCUGAAGGAAACCAGAAGGACGUAGUAGAGAAUGCUGGGGUGCAAGAUGAAAACUUGGAUGUGAAGGAAAAACAAAAUCAAAGAAUAUCAGAAUGUAAAUACCGGGGAACAUCAAGAACUAAAUGCUGAACAACAACCAGAUAUUAAGAAUUUUGACGAUCAAGAUGAGAACUCGGAUGCGAAGGAAAACAAAAUUACAGGAGGUCAGGAUGAAAAUGCCAAUGAAAACCAGGAACUAAAUUGAGGACAGCGACAAGAUGUAAAUGGUUUUGAUGAUCAAGAAUCUAAAAAUGAUGAAGAUGAACAAAAUGAGAAACAACUAAGAGAAGACAAAGGGGGGAUUACAGAGGAAGAUGUAAAGCGACUAGAUAAGAAACAAGACAAAACCUCUAACUCUUACCUAGACUCUGAAAUCCAUAGCACGUCAAAGGCUUCACAGCUGGAAUCCAAUGCAGCACUUGAGAACGAAAGCUCUCGACAAGACAAAAUUUGAACAGAAGGAAACCAAGAAGCCAGAAUUAGGAGAAAAGAAGAAGAUGAGUGGAAACAAAAAUGCAAAACAGUCAAAGGAGAGCAAGUCUUUGCCCGAAGGGUUGAAUAAGUCAUGGUCAAUCCAAGCAGAUCAAUCGCGGGGCGAAAGAGAGAGACAGAAGGAUGAAUCAAGAAGUAUAGAAUCAGAAAAUUUUCAAGAUUACACAUGGCAUCUCUGCAAUGUCACAGCAGGUGCUGAUUAUAUACCUUGUUUAGAUAAUGAAAAGGCUUUGAAGCAGUUGCGCAGUACUAAACACUGUGAACACAAAGAAAGACAUUGCCCAGAGGAUGCACCUUCUUGCUUGGUGCCUCUUCCAAAAGGUUACAAGACACCCAUUGAAUGGCCUAGUAGCAGAGACAAGGUGAUGUGCUUCAAAAUAAUAGUUGAAUCAUUGAACAACUGGGAGAGCCUUUUCGUAUAAAAUUAAAAAUAUACUGAUGUGUUUUAGCGGAUAUGGUGUUACAACGUGCCGCACACACUGCUGAGGUGAAGGGGCAAGAGAACUGGGUGAAGGCGACAGGCGAGUUUUUGACAUUCCCUGGAGGUGACACUCAAUUCAUUCUUGGCGCUCUCCACUACAUUGAUUUUAUUCAAGAGGUGACCAACGGGCAUUUUUUUUCCCACUAGCACCCAGCAAAACGCAUUUAAAAAU